AUGGCGGCGGCGGCGGCGGCGGGGCGGGCGCGGCGCGGAGCUCGGCUGAGCGCGGCCGCGCUGCUGGCGCUCCCGGCCCUGGCGCUGCUGGCGCUGCUGGCGCUCCCGGCGAUGCCGCCGGGCAGAUUCUCGCCGCCGCUGCUGCUGCCGCCGGGCUUGCGGGAGGAGCUGCGGCAAAGGCGGCGCGACCUGCGGCGGCUGGAGGCGGCGGCGGGCGGCGGGGAGGCGGCGGCCGCGGCGGGGCUGGGCUGCGGCGACCUGAGCCGGGCCACGGCCGUCAGCGUGCUGGGCUGGGGCUUCACCAAGGUGGUGGCGCGGGCGGCGCUGGCGGGCGGGGGCACCGUGGCGCUCAAGUCGGUGCACGGGGCGGGCCGGGAGGUGCGGCGCUGCGUGCAGCGGUACGGGGCUCCGGCCGGCUGCCGCCGCCUGGCCGCCUACAAGCUGCUCAAGGAGGUGACGCUGCUGCAGCGCCUGCAGCACCCCGGCAUCGUCAAGCUGCACGGCCAAUGCUAUGACAACAGCGGAGAUGCUGAGCUGCGGGUCACAGCCAUGCUGGAGCUGGGAUCCCCGCUGGAGAUGAUUCAGCUCCUGCAGACCCCCUGGGAGGAAAGAUUUAAAAUUUGCCUGAGUCUUGUGAAACUGCUGUUUUACUUGGCACAUUCCCCCCUGGGUUCAAUAGCCCUCUUGGAUUUCCAGCCAAGGCAGUUUGUUAUGGUGGAUGGAAACCUAAAAGUGACAGACAUGGAUGAUGCCAGCACCGAGGAGCUGCCUUGCAAGGAAGAUAAUGACUGCACACUCGACUUCCCUACCAGAAGUUUCCCUCUCAAGUGCUCCGUGGCUGGGAAAUGUGAAGGAAUAAAUGAGAAGAAGAAUCUGUUCAAUGCAUAUCGGUAUUUUUUCACCUAUCUUUUGCCACACUCUGCACCACCAGCUUUGCGGCCCCUUUUGAGUGAUAUUCUGAAUGCAACAGGUGAUUUGCGAUAUGGAAUAAAUGAAACCCUGAGAGCUUUUGAAAAGGUUUUACAUCUGUACAAGUCUGGGCUCUAUCUUCAGAAAAGACCUCUUCUUUUAAAAGACUACAUCUCCCUGAAGGGUUUCCGGACGGUGGAAGGGGAAGGCCACAAGUGCUGGCCCUCCUACAGCCACCUGGGCUGCCUGCUCUCCAUCCACAGCGCCGAGGAGGCCGCUGCCAUCUGUAACUCCCAGCUGCACUGUCACAGCUUCAUUGUCACCCAGCACAGGACCUGGACAGGACGCCCGCUCGCCUCAUUCCAGAGUAGCUGGACUGAUUUAGUACCGGAUACCAACGCCGUGGUCUAUAUUAAACGUUCAGCUUCCUCAGGGGAAAGACUUGAAAGACAAUGAGAUCACAUAAAAUGAUCCUGGGAGGAACAAACUGCUGGGGAGAAUUUCAUCUGCUGGAAAGAAUGACAUGUUUUAUUUUGCUUUGGGAUGGGAUCUCCCUGCCAGCUCAGAUAGAGUCAAAUGCUGCUGUCUCCUUGAUCAAAGCUCAAAUUUCUCAUUGCUGCUCCACUAGCUUCUUUUCUGUUCCCACACUGCUGUUCCACAUAAAUGGUCUCAGUUUUAGUCAGAUGUUGCUAGACUGUGCAAUACUUAGCUUUGCUGCUUUGGCCAGCUUGUCAGCCAAGAAAUAGAAAUAGCUGCAAGGGAUCCAGCUUGGGUAGGCUUAGUUAUUUCAGUCACCUCCAAAAAUCUACAUAUGAUGCACUUUGGAGAAGGCAACGGCUCUUUCUGCAGCUGCAAACUGGGUUUUCUUACUGCUGCAAAUGUAAAUUUCAGUGAUGAGGCCAAGGUUGCAGGGUUGGGAUCCAUAACCAGAGGUUGAUGAUGGGGGUGGUCCUCCAAGGAGGGUCCUGAUUCAGUUCCUUCCAUGCAAGGGAGGGAAGUGGUGUACAGGUCAACACUGGACCCAAAUAUCUGUGUGUUUGGAUGCAGGAUUUGGGGUUGAUCCUAUGUGAUUUCUAAUACCAGCUCCCAUGUAUCAACCUUGAAGGUUUUUCUCUGUUACUUUCCAUGAAAGAGCAAGACAUUCAAAUUAUUUAUAUGUAAGGUGUGACUUUGUAUGAUAAAGAAUGACUCUUUAUCCUAA